AUGUCUUUCCUUCUUUCUUUCCCUCAUAUCCUUCUUUUUUGUUUUCCUUUCUCUCAUAUCCUUAGUUUUUUCUUUCGUUCUUUCCAUAAUAACCUUCCCUUUUUCUUCCUUUCUUUCUGCCUAUCUUUAUGUCUUUCUUUCUUUCUUCCCCUCAUAUCCUUCUUUUUUGUUUUCCUUUCUCUCAUAUCCUUAGUUUUUUCUUUCGUUCUUUCCAUAAUAACCUUCCCUUUUUCUUCCUUUCUUUCUGCCUCUCUUUAUGUCUUUCCUUCUUUCUUUCCCACAUUUUCUUCGGUUUUGUUUCCCUUUCUCUCGUUUCUUUUUCUCUCCAAUCUUUUUUUUACUUUUAUUCACAAUUAUCCUCCUUUUUUAAUUCUUUAUCUAGCCCUUUUCUUUCCCCCCACACCCUUUCUCUUUUCUUUAUAUUCUUCCUUUUCAUUUAUUUCUUUCAUUUAUAACCUUUAUUUUUCCUUUCUUUUUUGCCUCAUAACCUUCCUUUAUUCUAUAUUUCUUUCCUUCCAUCAUUACCUUCUUUCUUUAUUUUCUUUCAAUAUUGCUUUUUCUUUCUUUCUUUCAUCUAAUGCUUUUUCUUUCUUUCUUUCUUUCUUUCUUUCUAUCUCUCUCUCUCUCUCUCUCUCUCUUAUCUCUACGUUUUUAUUUCUUCUUUCCUUUAUAUCUUCCAUUUUUCAUUUUCUUUCUCUCAUAUCCUUACUUCUUUCCUUCUUUCUUUCCUUCUUAUCACAAAACUAA